UCAGCUGUUUAUGGUAUCACUCUCAAGCAGAAGCAGUUUCUUGGUCGACGGCUCACGGUUUAGUUCAUGAAUUUGGGGAAUUGGCGUUAGUUUGUUGAUGUUUGUGUGAGGCAGCUUGACACUUGAACAUUGCUGUGUACGCUGCAUUUUAAUUUAUUGCUUCACCAUGGAAUUGGUAUGUUCUGAGGUGGGCAAAAAAAUACGCUCGGCCAUCAAAGUUCGGCUGAUGGAGCUUGGGAAAACAGUCGACGAUGAAUUGAUCGACUACAUAAUGGUGAUGGCGGCCAACAAAAAAGAAGAGACUCAGAUGGCCAAAGAUUUGCAACCCUUCCUGGAAGAAGACACGAAUAAAUUCACUAGUUGGUUACAGAAGGUUUUGAAGAAACUGGAGCAGAUCACAGUCACUGUUACUGACAAUGAAUACAAAGUGGCAGCCACUGUGAACAAGAAAUCAAAAUCUGUCACUGCUGACUCUCUGAAAAAGAAAGUUAAGGAUGGUGACAGCAAGGACAAGAAGAAGAAACUGAAGGUUGCCAAGGAUUUAAAUGACACUCCGAAGAAAUUAAAGGUAGUCAAAGCGACUGGGAAGACUCCUUCUGAAGUCAGUCCAGAUUCAAAAUCUAAGGGUAAAGUUAAAUCAGUUGUCAAACUGAAGAAGACUGUCAAAGAGGAACCAACAAUUCCAUUGGAAUCGUUUCCUAGCACAUCAGGACUUCAAAGUUCGGUAGUUGUUGUUAGAUCUGAAUCAGUCUCUGAGAGAAAGAUGGAAGCUGCCACUGCUAAACCUAGAGAACCAGUCAUGAUGACAAGUGACGUUGAUGAGGACGAGGAUGACGAUUUUAUCAACAUCAAAACUGACUUAAUUGAAGAAGAAGAACUGCUAGCUGAAGAGCAGCCAAAUGGAAGCAAAGUUAGUCGCGUUGAGAAGAUGAGCAGCGAUCAUGAUAGUGAAUCGUCAAGGUCCAGGCCGUCAUACCGCAACAAUCCGGCAAUCACGACUGCAGAGCUCAGGGCACGGAGGUCCGUGGCUAACAGGUCUAGAAAUGAAUCUCCACCUGUGCAAGCUGUUAUUCGAUCACAAGUGAUUGCGAAAAAACGCAAAAGCCCAAGUCCUCCACCGAGAGUGUCGGUAAUGUCAAGAAUUGGCGCUGUGCUGAAGCGCAAAGCCGAAGAAGAGGAGGAAGUGAAGCCAAAAAGUGUCGCCAGUGUUGUUAGGAUCAAACCAAGAACAACCUUGCCUCCGGAAGCGCGCCCUUCCAAAUUUCUUCUGCUUAAGGCUAUCAAUGAGGCGCAAAAAUCAAUCACUACUGCUAGACAAAAAAGUGUUGAAGAGGAAGAAGAAGCUGACUCGAGACCAAAGCUUUUCACCAAGAACCUGAAGAAUAGACUUGGUCCUAGAGAAAAGAUCCAAGUUACGUUGCGCAACUUGGCAGCAGAGAAGAAGUAUGAUCUUGAAGAAGACGAUGAUGAGAUGAAUGAAGGGGAUGCGUACGUGCCUGAGCUCACAACCAGCAAGAAUCAACCAUCGGUAACUUACAAGCCAAGUCCUAUCAUAAAACCUGAUGUGAACCGAAAUCCUACCCAGUUUUUAAUUACGCUGGAUGGAUAUGAGGAGUACUCCAACAAAUAUCUGAGGGCUACUGCCGAAGACAUUGAGAUGCUGCAGGAAGAGGGCGUUGAGAUGGAGUUCAUUGACGAAGGGCAGCUGGCUGAUGAGAAUGCACCCAGCAAGCCAAAGCGUAAACGCAUCGUUUUCACACCUGAACCAGAGGAACCAGUGGCCACUGAGCCUGUCAAAAAGACCAUGGAGAGGUGCAAAUUUUGGCCGGCGUGCCGACAAGGUGACAGCUGUGGUUUUCACCACCCCUCGACUACUUGCAACAACUUCCCUAAUUGCAACUUUGGUGACCGCUGCUUAUAUAUACACCCUAACUGCAAAUUUGAUGCUGCUUGCACUCGAAAAGAUUGUCCGUUCACUCACGCCAGUCCAAGAACCUUCACUGCUGUUGUUGCCAUUCCUAAGUUUGUGCCAGCUCCAGUGGUUCGACCUGCAGCUCCGGUAAAGCCUGUCGGCCCUACGAUUUGUCGCUUCUACCCUGGAUGUACCAAUAUGAAUUGCAGAUUUUUCCAUCCCAAGCCAUGCCGGUUUGGAGCUAGCUGCAAAAGCUUUGGUUGUAUUUUCUCUCACCCUGAUGUUGCCCCCAUCACAAAGCUGAAAUGGGUCAAUACAGCAUCAGUCUAAAAUUUAAAGCUGUAGGUGUUGCUUUUUGUUUUCAGAUACCUUGCAAAUUUUGUAAGAAUCAAUAAUUCUAUUCACCUUAUCAAGAACAAAAACUGUUUUUUCACUUUCAAAAUUUCAAUAGAUUUUGGCGGAAAUAGUUUUGUUAAAGUCAAUUUUAUGUGUGCUAUGAAGACAGCUAUAUCAGUCAGUAUUUCAUCAGCUGCAGCAACAUGAUUGUUAUUAUGCUGUUCAGUUCUUGCUUUAUGCAUGUGGUACUGUUUAGAGAAAACCAGUUUUUCUAUUCUGAUGCCAUUUGGAAAAAUUAUGCCUAGCAUGAAAAAUUUUGCAUCAGCAUGAUGUAUUAUUGGAUUUUGGAUUACAUGAACCUCUUUUCAUUAAAUAUAUAUAUGAAUUAAGAUGAAUAAAUAUGACAUAAUAUUGGGACUGAAUUAACAGAAAUA